AUGCCCUCGUCCUCCUCCUCUUCCUCAUCACCACCUCCCACGCUACCCUCCUUCAUAUGGCACAUCGCCGACCUGUACAGCGCCUACAUCCUCCCCCGCCUGCCGGACCCGGUACAGACACUCUCCAACCACGUCUCGCCGGUGAUCACGUCGGCCGUGUCGGCGGCGACGAGCGGCGACAUCGUGUCGCUGGCCGCGUUCCUGCUCGCUGUCUACCUCACGCUCAAGAUCGCCGAUUACAUUCGCCGCUCGGUCAUCGGGUGGGUGGUCCUGCUGUUCAAGCUCGCCCUGGUCCUGGUCGCCGUCAACUGCGCCUUCUACGUCAAUCGUUACGGCUGGCAGAAGGCCCUGCGCGACGCCGAGUGGAUCGUCGGUCUGCUCUGGGGCUUCGUCGAGGAGAAGGUCAUGAACGCCGCCGCGGGAGAUGGGUCGGAUAAUCGCACCGGCUGGUACGGCGGUGGUCAGAAUCGGAACUCGUGGGGCGGCGGCGGCGGCGUGUAUGGAGGUGGACGACAACAAGUCCCCGUCGCGCGAGGCAGGUCUUCGAAGGGGAAGAGUGGGUACGGAUGGACGUGA